CUUGAAGUUCAAAUCCUUUCAUUUAGAUAACGCAGACUUUUAUUUCUUUCCUGGUUUAGUUGCUUCUCAGUUUAAUUCUGAAAUGAGCGAAACAGUUCCCACUAUUCUUCGUGCUUUGGCUUCAUCUGUUGCCGCUGCUUCUAAAGCUGGAGAAAUUAUUAAGAAUGUCUUGACUAAAGGAGACUUGGGUAUAGUUGACAAGGGUGUCAAUGACCUUCAAACUGAAGCAGAUAGGUCAGCGCAAAAAUGUAUCGUACAGACCCUGCGUUCGAAAUUUCCUGGCAUGACAAUUAUAGGGGAAGAAGAUAUUUCUCUUACUGCUUCUGUACCGAGUGACUGGAUUGUCAAAGAUGAACCAGGUUUUAUUACAUCUCUGAGUUGCCCAUCCAAUCUUCAUGAAAUAACAGAUAAAGAUAUUGUUGCAUGGGUCGAUCCAUUGGACGGAACUAGGGAGUUUACUGAAGGCUUUUUAGACCAUGUCACAGUUUUAAUUGGAUUGGCUGUGAAAGGUAAACCUCUCUGUGGUGUGAUACAUCAACCUUAUUAUACUGAAGAUGGCGUAGUUAAAGGACGUACUCUUUGGGCUGUAGUUGGUGUUGGUUUUGGUGGAUUUCAGUUGAAACCUGCUCUAAACGAUAAAUUGAUCGUGACUGUUACUCGAAGUCAUUCUGAUAAAAUUCUUGAAGAUGCUCUUAUAAAGUUAAAUCCUGAUGGUAUUGUCCGUGUUGGUGGAGCUGGACAUAAGGCUAUAAUGUUGAUUGAAGGAAUCGCACAUGCUUAUAUUGUUCCAACCAAAGGUUUGAAACGUUGGGAUACAUGUGCUGUUGAAGCUAUAUUGGAAUCAGUAGGUGGAAAAGUUACUGAUAUUCAUGGAAACAAAUAUGUUUAUUCUAAAGAAACAAACGCAAGUAAUGAUACUGGUAUAAUUGCUGCUAUUGAUGAAAUUUCUCACAAAAAAUGCCAGUCAGUAUUUCAAGAACAAGAAAAUGAUGCUGCAUGCUCUUUAAAAUCUUGAAAUCCAUAAGUUUUUACCAAUUAUUUUAAAUGGUAAAAAUUACUUAACAGUUUCUUUUUAUUGUGGCAGUAAAACACUAAAUGCACUUUUAUUUUGUUUUAUUUGUCUGUGGAUUGUUCAUUAACUAUACUGGUUUUUGUUGGUGCUCUAUUGUAUAAAUUUGUGUUUUUAUUUAUUAGUUUGUAAAAUGAGUCAGUUUUCUAAUGAAAGCUUAUAAAUCUCUUUAUGUUUAGUUCACUCUUUUCAUUGUUAUAAAUUGUGAUUUAGUUAUUACGAGGCCUUACAAAUCCAGAGAUUCAGUGCCAAUAUCACCAACAAUAUUCACUUAUAUACAUCUCUGGAAUGAACCUCUUUACAUCCUAAUCCUGCAAAAACAGACUGUACUUAACACAUAUUCAUCCACAUGACAAUUUCAUGAUCACCAACAGCCGAAUGCCCAAAAUUAUUCAUUUUUAUAUUCCAGGAAAUAAUUUAUUCUUGUUCUUUUAAUUCUAAAUUGAGCUAUUCUAUCACUAUUACUAGUGUCAUUGAAUAUGACAGAAUGUAAUAGUACUCAAUGAAGAAAUGUUUUAAUUCUAAAUAAAUUAAAUUCUAAUUUUUACCAAACAGAGAUAAAGAGAUGCUUUGUGAAUGAAUAUGCAAAAAAUUACCAGAUGAAUAUGUGUUAAUUACCCUCCUAUUUACUUAUUUGACUACCUGCCUUACAUUCAUUCCUUACAACUUUCCACAUACAUUUUAGUCAGCACUAAGUUAUCGAUUUAGUUUAUUUACCAGGUGUGGAUUGUAUUAUCAAUUAUAUAAUAAACUUUAUUAAUUGAAAGAAUAUAGAAUAAGCUAAAAUUUAAGACCUAAUGGAGGAGAAAUUAAUAUGAUAAAUGUCCAAUUGAGAUUGUCUGAAGAAGACACUAAUUAAAAAAAAGAGGUUAUUUUUAUUUAUUGUUUUAUACAUUGGGGUUCUGACUAUUUACUUGGAUGCUUUUGCAUAUUUUCAGCUUUUAAACCAUGAUACAUCACUUAAUAUCUUAUUGCAGUUUCUGGUUAUAUAGUCAACUCUCGAUAAUUCAAAAUUCAAGGGACUACCAGAAAACUUUGAAUUAUUGAGACUUGAGAUAUCGAGCAGUUUGAAUUAUCAAGAGAAAAGAAAAACAAUUUAAUUAUUAAGAGUUUUUCUUAUAUUUUUGAAAAUGUGUAUGAGCUUACAUAAAUUAUAUGUAUAAAUAGCCUCAUAUAAAAAAUGUUACUAGGAAAAUUUCGAAUUAUAAAGUGGAGAAGUGGGGUCUACCUCGAAUCGUAGAAAGUUCCCUGUCCCUCUUGUUACGAAAAGGAUUUUGAGUUAUCUAGCUAUCUAAAUAUAGAAUUUUUUUGAUUUAAUGAAGUUAACAGCUGAAGAGCUUAAAUUGUCAAAAAAUUCGAAUUAUCGAGAGUCGACUGUAUAUUGGUGACUUGAUUCCUAUUUAUGAAAGAUGUUUUUGAUCUAUAAUUUUUCAAUUUAAUUAUAGGUAUCAUUGAUUAUAAUUAUGGAACAUGUUCCUUUAUACUGUUUUUUAGAGUUAUAAGUUGUAUACAAAUUAUUAAUUUUUUCAUCACCUUUACUUAUAUUGUUUAAAUUUUCUGAAAAUACAUUUUUCAAGAAUGUUCUUUGCCAAAGGUGUUACUAUUUUUAUGUUACUAUUACUAUUUUUUCAUUACAAUAUUUGUUUUUAAUUUUUUGUUCUUAUUUUAUGUAUUUUUAUCAAUUCAUAAUCCAUCAUAUUAAUCUUUUUUAUUACUGGUUUUUAAUGGUGCUGUUCAAUAAUAAUUUUAACUGACAUAAUAAUUUUCAAAUUGUUGUAUUUUUUUCUAUUUAUUUAUAAAGGAGUAUUUCUAUAUUUUAUCUUCAUUUGGCCCCUUUAAUGAUUAUUAAAUGUUAUUCUAAACCAUAAUUACUCUUGGUUAGUGAUAUCACACCCAUUACAGUGUAAAUUUUGUAUUUUUGUUUAUGAUGUUUAUUUGAGAGCCUAUUUAUAUUAAACUAUUGGUGUGAUUAUUGAAAGAUAUGCCAGAGUGAUGACAUACAUAUAUAACAUUAAUAUACUAAAAACAAAUAGUUUGAAAAUAUUGAUAGAAUAAAUUCGUAGAUCAAGCUUAUAAAUAUCAAUGGAGUAAUGGAUAUUUAGAUGUAUCAAAAUUUUAUAGUUUUAUGAUGAUUGUGUUAUUUGUUAAAGAAACUAGAACAUUAUACAAUUUUUAAAUCGAUACAUUUUUACAUCAAUUUGUUACAUUGCGUUGAUGGAAAAUUUUGAAUAAAAUGGUAUAUUCUUUUUUUAAAUUAAUUGAAUAUACC